AUGCAAGUGUUUAAGACCACAUUUUCGGUGCCUCUAACUUGCGAUGCCUGUAUCGAGGAGGUAUCCAAGCCCAUCUACGCUCUUGACGGGGUCAAGAACGUGCAAGGUAGUUUGAAGGACCAGAUCCUCCUCAUUGAAGGAACGGUAGCGCCUUCUGCCAUAGUUGCUGCAAUCCAGAGUACUGGUAGAGAUGCUAUCCUUAGAGGGAGCGGAUCCUCAAACAAUGCGUCAGUAUGUAUCCUAGAGACACACUCCAGUACCGUACAGAAUUCAAUCCGUGGACUUGUGCGCAUGGUCCAGGUUUCCCCGAAGUUGACACUUGUUGAUCUUACGAUAAACGGCCUCCCGCCUGGGAAAUAUUGGGCUACGGUACGUGAUACGGGAGAUAUCUCCCAAGGACCGGCAUCGACUGGCGGCAUAUGGGAGGCUCUGAAACAGAAGGUCCAAGGAUCGGCCCUCCCGCGAGGAGUAUUUGGCGAGGUAGAAGUGGGCAGCGAUGGAAAGGGGAACGUCUUCCUUGACCGUCCAGUUGCCGUAUGGGAGUUGAUUGGGAGAAGUAUGGUUGUGUCAAAAUCCAAGGAGGGGCCGUUCCAGAAGGAAGAUCCAAACACGCUGGUUGGGGUUAUUGCUCGCAGCGCUGGCGUAUGGGAUAACGAUAAGAUGGUAUGUUCUUGUUCCGGUCAGAACGUAUGGGAAGAACGAGUAGAGCAGGUUUCGAAGGGAAUGUUGUGA